CCUUUCCUCUGUCUGUAAAGAUUCAACAUUUUUAAUCAGUUAAAAUACUUUGUCCUCUUGUCUCUCCAUCAGAAAGUAAAUACAUAAGAAAUGCAUUAUUUUGGAGUAUUAGCUGCACUGUCUGUUUUCAAUAUCAUUGCCUGCCUGACAAGAGGCAAGCCUUUGGAAAACUGGAAAAAGCUACCAGUUAUGGAAGAGUCUGAUGCAUUCUUUCAUGAUCCUGGGGAAGUGGAACAUGACACCCACUUUGACUUUAAAUCUUUCUUGGAGAAUAUGAAGACAGAUUUACUAAGAAGUCUGAAUUUAUCAAGGGUCCCCUCACAAGUGAAGACCAAAGAAGAGCCACCACAGUUCAUGAUUGAUUUAUACAACAGAUAUACAGCGGACAAGUCCUCCAUCCCUGCAUCCAACAUCGUGAGGAGCUUCAGCACUGAAGAUGUUGUUUCUUUAAUUUCACCAGAAGAACACUCAUUUCAGAAACACAUCUUGCUCUUCAACAUCUCUAUUCCACGGUAUGAGGAAGUCACCAGAGCUGAACUGAGAAUCUUUAUCUCCUGUCACAAGGAAGUUGGGUCUCCCUCCAGACUGGAAGGCAACAUGGUCAUUUAUGAUGUUCUAGAUGGAGACCAUUGGGAAAACAAAGAAAGUACCAAAUCUUUACUUGUCUCUCACAGUAUUCAGGACUGUGGCUGGGAGAUGUUUGAGGUGUCCAGCGCUGUGAAAAGAUGGGUCAAGGCAGACAAGAUGAAGACUAAAAACAAGCUAGAGGUUGUUAUAGAGAGUAAGGAUCUGAGUGGUUUUCCUUGUGGGAAGCUGGAUAUUACUGUUACUCAUGACACUAAAAAUCUGCCCCUAUUAAUAGUGUUCUCCAAUGAUCGCAGCAAUGGGACAAAAGAGACCAAAGUGGAGCUCCGGGAGAUGAUUGUUCAUGAACAAGAAAGUGUGCUAAACAAAUUAGGAAAGAACGACUCUUCAUCUGAAGAAGAACAGAGAGAAGAAAAAGCCAUUGCUAGGCCCCGUCAGCAUUCCUCCAGAAGCAAGAGAAGCAUAGGAGCAAACCACUGUCGGAGAACGUCACUCCAUGUGAACUUUAAAGAAAUAGGUUGGGAUUCUUGGAUCAUUGCACCCAAAGAUUAUGAGGCUUUUGAGUGUAAAGGAGGUUGCUUCUUCCCCCUCACAGAUAAUGUUACGCCAACCAAACAUGCUAUUGUCCAGACUCUGGUGCAUCUCCAAAACCCAAAGAAAGCUUCCAAGGCCUGUUGUGUUCCAACUAAAUUGGAUGCAAUCUCUAUUCUUUAUAAGGAUGAUGCUGGUGUGCCCACUUUGAUAUAUAACUAUGAAGGGAUGAAAGUGGCAGAAUGUGGCUGCAGGUAGUAUAUGCUGAAUAUCUAAGAAUAUACUCUUUUCUGCUGUCUGUGAAACUGUACAUUAGUGAUGCAAAUGAAAAUCCUUGCAAACAAGGUUUGGAGCACGGCAUGGGGCUGGUUGUUGUUGCUGCUUUUAAAGGAAAGAUGGCAUUUAAAGAAUGGCAAUCACUGUAAAUACCCUGCAUUAUAUACCAUUAAUUAAAACUUUGUGAGAUUG